GGGGAGGCAAUAACACCAUGCAGGAGCUCCGGGGGGAGGAGGACCUGGCCGAGCAGGGCCCCCGGGGGCCACCUGGAGGUGAGGUCGAGGAAGAAGUACCGAGCUCCCGGGGGCCACAGAGGAAAUGUCUGGAGCAAGACCCCGGCAUGGAGCCUGGCCCUCAGCUGGACAGCCAGGGCUCCCAGGAGCCAGAUAUGUGUGGUGGCGCCCAAGGUGGUGAAACAGGUCGCCAAGAGCGCCUGGGGAGCGAUACUGGCGACUGCUGCAGCUCUCCCCAGUGUCCCAAAGAGACCAGCAAUAGCCAAAUCCAUCCCUGCCUAUGGACAGAGCACAGUCUGAGUAUAGGCAUUCAGGAAGCAGCCAAUUCAUGCACAGACCAACAGCCUGGCAAGAGCCAUCAGGAGCCAAUGAGUAAUAAUCUUGGCUCCCAGGAGCCCACUCAGAACGUGGGGCCACACACACCAUGUGUGCAGUUAGGCUCUAUGGAGCCUCCACUCAGGCUAGCCUUUCAAAAUAAUCUGCAGGAGCCAUUUAGCCUCCAAAAGCCCCCUCUUCCUAUUUCAGGACUUCGGAAGCCACUCAAUUUGGGGCCAUCAGACAUUAGGGCUAUAUCUUCUACUGAAAUGCCAAUUGGUCACCGGCCUGGCUCCGAGUCGCAUGUCCAGUUCGGGCAAGAAGAGCUCCCCGACGAGGAGUUCCCGUUGCUCGUGGACGCGUUCUCUGUUUUGGGACUGCACGAGGAACAUGACGAAGAACCGGAGUUUGAAGGAGCGAUGUCAAGAACUCCUAGCCCGGAGUCUGAAGAUCUGUUUAGAGAGAUGACGAUGGAGCACUUGCUGAGCUGUGGACUCGGAGUACGGAGGAGAGGCGUUAACAUGACCGAAGGCGUACCGGUACCCAGUUCUGAACAUGUGGCAGAGAUAGUAGGACGGCAGGGUAUGUAUAUGUUUUGUAGUUAUAUAUGUGAAGAUGUUGCAUUAAAUACUUUUUAUUCCAGCCAAGUGUCCCUAAUAAGUUUUAUUAAAACUCUGCCACCCUCAACAGUACCACGAAUGCCAGCGACAACUUGUAGUACUCUCAAUGGAACGGUCACCAACCCAAUUCUGAUUUUUGAAAAAAAAAAGUCCUCAAAGUGUAAUUCAAUUUCUCCUUGAAGUACACUUUCAAUUGGCUGAAAGACUGCGUAAAGAUACGUUGUUUUGGAAAUACUCACAAAUCAGAAACUGGCUUAUUAGCCAAACAUUGCUCAAACCAUAGUCGGUGGGCCACCAGUGGUUUCCUGGUUGAUAGGUUUCCCUUAUUUUUGUUUUUAGAGAAAAUGUGUGUGUGUGUGUGAAGCCAGGUGGUGUAGCAUCUGCGUAAAAUUUUUAUUUUACGCAGAUGCACGCAAGCUGCCCCAGUCUCUGACAGUUGUUAGAUCUGGUUUGGAUUAAAUUUGUAGAGGAGACCCAAACCCUAUCUUCUGUAGUGGUUGGCUGAUGCUGACCGCACUGUUGCUCAGUUUGAUCAGAUAUCAUUCGAUGUGUUUUGCUUUCCAUGCUACACACGACAGUGUAGUAAGCAUUCUUAAAGGGGAAGAUUCACUUCUAUAACGACACAUUGAACAUUAACCUAUAAUUUAUGCGUUUUAAAUUGGUGCUCCAUUUUCCUUUACAGGUGUAAUAAUAAUUUAGCAAUUCACAUGAGCCAGUGUGUGUACCAGCUGAUUCCAGAGUGAUUGGCCCACUUUAGAGUAUGUUUCUCCUGUUUCAUUACUAAAAGGUGCAAAGGGCAGAUCUUAUAACAUUGAUAAGGAGCCUAGAGGGGCAGCAUUUAAAGAGGUGAGGAGGUCCCUGGGCACCGGCUUACUCAAGAGGUUAAAACAGUGGUUCCCAAGCCAGUCUCAAGGCACCCCUACAAUUCCAGGAUUUAGUGAUUACCCAGACAUCUUGGACACAACUGGGUAAUCCCUAAAUCCUGGGUUGGUAGGGGUGCCUUGAGAACUGGUUUGGGAACCACUGUGUUAAACGGUUAAAGGAACACUAUAUAGUGUCAGGAAUACAAACAUGUAUUCCUUACACUAUUAUUGUAAAUACUGUUUAGGUUUCCGGCCUGCUUUGCUUACUUUAAAAGUGUUUUACUCUCCUUUCUUCCAGUGCACCCUCUGCCUCCUUGGCUGAGAUCAUCAGAUCUGUCAACCUCAGCCACUGCAGUGUUUUCCCAUAGAAAAGCAUUGGGACGCUAUUGAGCAUGCGCGGCAAAACGCCACACUGCGUCAAUCACCAUUUCCUUAUAAAGAUGUGUUGAAUCAGCACAUCUUUAUGGGGAGUGUUCAGCUGAAAGUCAGUGCUACACUGGUCAUCUGAAUGACUGCCACUAGAGGUGUUCCUAGCCAGUAAUGUAAACACAGCCUUUUCUCGGAAAAGGCAGUGUUUACAUUAUGAAUAGUGCAGGCACAGAAUAACUACAUUAAAGGACCACUAUAGGCACCCAGAUCACUGCAGCUUAAUGAAGUGGUCUGGGUGCCAGGUCCAGCUAGGGAUAACCCUUUUUUUUUUUUUUUAUAAACCUAGCAGUUUCAGAGAAACUGCUAUGUUUAUGUUAGGGUUAAUCUAGCCUAUAGUGGCUGUCUCUUGACAGCCGCUAGAGGUGCUUGCGUGCUUCUCACUGUGAAAAUCACAGUGAGAAGACACCAGCGUCCAUAGGAAAGCAUUGAGAAUGCUUUCCUAUGGACUGGCUGUGUGUGCAGCUUUUGCCGCGCAUGCGCAUUCAGGCGAAUAGGAGGAGAAGAGCUCCCCGCCCGGCGCUGGAAAAAGAGGUAAGUUUAACCCCUUCCUCUCCCCAGAGCCCGGCGGGAGGGGGUCCCUGAGGGUGGGGGCACCUUCAGGGCACUAUAGUGCCAGGAAAACGAGUAUGUUUUCCUGGCACUAUAGUGGUUCUUUAACCCCUUCAGGACGGAGUCAAUAGUACACGUUCUCAUCAAAACAAAAUGUAAACAAAACCUUGAAUUUGUGCUAUAUAUCUGUUCAGGCGUAAUUCACCUCUUUCAUAUUAUGUGCACCCACACUUAUUAUAUAUCAUUUUGUUCAGGAGAAACAGGGCUUUAAUUUAUCAUUAACUAUUCAUAUAUGGAAUAUAAUUUAUUAUAAAUAGAAUUUAAAAAAUGUGAGAAAAUACGAUUUUUUUUUUUCCUUUUUUUUUUUAAAUUUGUAUUUCCGUCUGACAUUUUAGCUGUUAAUGUCAUAAAAUGCACAUAUUUGUAAUCAGCAAUGUCUCACAAGUAUAACGGUACCCCCCAUUAACAGGUUUUAUGGUGUUUUGGAAAGUUACAGUCAAAUAUAGAACGUUCCAUUUUCAAAUUGAAAUUUGCCAGAUUGAGACGGUGUGGUAGCCCAGGAAUGAGGAUUACCCCCAUAAUGGCAUAUCAUUUGAAAAAGUAGACAACCCAAGGUAUUGAAAGUGGGGUAUGUUUAGUCUUUUUUAGUAGCCACUUAGUCAUAAACACUGGCCAAAGUUAGCGUUCAUAUUUGUUUUUGUGUGAAAAAAGCAAAAAACUAAUAUUUGGCCAGUGUUUGUGACUAAGUUUCUACUAAAAAAAAGACUGGACAUACCCCACUAAAAUACACUUUGUAUGACGUUACAUAUAUAUUGUGUGUGUAUAUAUAUAUAUGUAUGUAUAUAUGUGUGUAUAUGUAUAUAUGUGUGUGUGUAUAUGUGUAUAUAUAUAUAUAUAUAUAUAUAUAUAUAUAUAUAUAUUAUAAUUUUUUAUUUUUUUAUUUUACACAUGUAUGUGUUUUUUUUUUUUAUUUAUUUAUUUUUUUUUUUUUAACAUGUCCCCCUGCUGGCAGAUCCACAGCCAGCUAUAGGGGGCCUCAUUUGCCGGGGGAGGACUGCCUGGGCUGUCAGGCAGCCCUCCCGAAGAGUAUCGCGGCGGAGGUGAGUAUGCCGGACCUCCUGGGGGCUUAAGCCGUUACGGCGUUCUAUGCCGCGACGGCAUAGAACGCCAUUAAGGGGUUAAGCUCUAGUUGUUCUGGUGACUAUAGUGUUCCUUUAACGGUUUAACAGUAGCGCUGAUCAGUUACUUCCAUUGCAAUACGUGACUUGAAUCAGAAUGCCCUGAGGACCAUUGAUGGGCUGUGAGCAUCAGUAGCUCCCCAGUCACAAAACUGAGUGAUAAUACUUUUGUGAAUAAAGCUUGUAAGACAGCAGUGGAAGUAGCUAGGAAGCUGAUGGGCACUUUGCUCCAUAACAAUCUCCUUCAGAUAAAGUUGUUAUGGUGCCUGGAGUGUUCUUUUAGUUUUAAUUUUCACAUGUUAAAUGCAGAGUAUAAGUAAACCUAAUGUGAAUUAAGGUAAACGUUUUUUCUUUAUAAUGGCUUAAAAGGAGAUGGUUAAAAUGAUUCCUGGUUUCUAAUGCAUUAUUUAGGUAAUGCAUCUGAAAAUAUGCCACAGUAAUGAUUUAAAAUUAAACAGGAACUGUAAUGUCCUUAAUUUUAGCAUCUGUUAGCUAUUGGUUGUGCCAAAAAUAAAUUUAAGAAAAGUCUUUUCUGUGUGCUUUAGCACAGUAUGUAAAUUAGUUAGCUCCUGCAGGGCUGUACACAUCAAAAAUGUGUGUGUAUAUGAAGCCGCUGGAGAAAACGCCCGAGGUUUCACGCAAUAGCGAAAUAGCCACAAUGCGGAGGAACGGUUGAGAUUUGUGUAUCCCCCUUCACUCCUUACCUCUGCAGCAGUUUUCAUCUCUUUAAACUCUGAUAUAUUUUACGUGAAUGGAGUGAGAAACUCACUACUGUGGAUGUUCGUUCCAAUUUAAAUAUUAUACUUAUUUUCAAACCUCUGUAACUUCAUUGAAGAGCGUUCCAUCCUUGACCAAGAAGAGGUUCAAUCAAUCAGUGACCUCAUUCUGUUCUGUGGGGUCUGAUAUUACACACAGUUCUACUCAUCACAGAAUGAGUGAAACUGCUGCUCAAUAAACUGAUGGGUAUAUGGCAAUUGCUAUGAAAUACACAGCUCGCAUUUUUGACCUGGACUGUGUGUCUCAUUCGGCAGUCAUUGACUACACAUGUGCGUGACUCUGCUUUCUCUGAGCACUAGAAAGAUCCUUCUAACUUGUGCAUGUGGUGUCCCGAUGCUGCACACAUAAGUUAGAUGAAAUUGGUUGACGACUCCUUUUCUGUGUCUGGGAGUCUAGCUUAUAGCUGUAGCAAUUGUUACAAAUCUUUUAGUUAUGAGGCAAUCUCUGCAUUAUGAACUCUGAUGACUAAAGGGUUAAACACCAGUCCCUCAGCAGUGGAUCAGUGUCCCACCCCAGUGAUGUCACACCGAUGGGAGAACAGAAUGCGUGUCGUGUGCUGCAUGCGCGUUAGAGCUUCCCCAUAGAAAAUCAUUAAAUAAAUGCUAAGUGGGAAGACGUCCAACAUUGUUUCACACAGUAAUAAUCUGUGAAAAUCCAGGAAGUGCCUCUAGUGGUGGUCUGGAAUGACAAAAAAAAACAACUCAGUUUAUGAAAAGAAAAAUGAAUUAGAUUUUUUUUUUUUUUUUUCUGCAUGUAUGUGACCAUAUAUAAGAGCGGCAGAAAGGCAGGAUCAGAGAUGGCUAGUUUCUUAUAUCGAUCGACCUAAACCUUCCAAGUACUGAAGCAACCCAUAGAAAAAUUGUGAAAUACAAUAAAGUAAAACAUAACCUUUAAUAAACGACUAUUAAAACUAACAUUCUAAUGGCUAUAGGUGCUAUAUACACAUGGAGGGGAGGGGUGUUUGGCUAGAAGGUACAAGCAUAAAUAGUACCUGGGGAAACUGGAGGGGAAUACACAAGUUAUCUUAAAGAUGCAAAAAUCCAAAUAGGUGCAUAGAAGUGCACCCUCCCAUAGUGUUAUCAAAAAACCAAAAGUCUCCAAUCCCCAACUCCCCAUGCCGAAGUCUAAAAAGGUCAGACCUCUAACCCCUUGCUAAAUGUCUAGCCAUUACUGACUGAUAGCUGGAUCUCACUGACCGAUACCAGCUAAUAGAGCAGUAUCGCCAGAUCAAUAUCACUUAGUUAAAAACAUAUAGCAUGGUGGGUAGUCAUAGAGAUGAAGUAUAUAGUAGCUUCAGCAUCCCCUAUCUAACCAUGCCACCCACUGCUAAAAGUUGUCCUGAUGCACGUUUCGCCGAAUACUGGCUCUACCUGGAAUAGCCCUUAGAAUUUUAGUUUUAAUAGUCGUUUAUUAAAGGUUAUGUUUUAACUUAUUGUAUUUCACUAUUUUUCUGUGGGUUGCUUCAGUACUUGGAAGGUUUAGGUCGAUAUAUAUAUAAAACUAGCUUUCUUUGAUCCUGCCUUUCUUUCCGCUCUUAUAUAUUUCCACAAGGGGUUAUCCCCCACACAUAAUCAGCAACCUGACACACACUCUCCCUACCUGUAUCUAUAUUUUGUAUCUGAUCAUAUUUUAUUUUUUGUUUUUGUAGGCUGUAAAAUUAAAGCUUUGAGAGCGAAGACGAAUACUUAUAUCAAGACUCCAGUAAGAGGAGAAGAACCCGUCUUUAUUGUGACUGGCCGGAAAGAGGACGUUGAGAUGGCGAAGAGAGAAAUCUUGGCAGCAGCUGACCACUUCUCUAUCAUCCGCGCAACUAGAAACAAAAAUAGUGCGAUGGCAGGAGGCUCCCAGGGACCACCAAAUCUGCCAGGUCAAACCACCAUCCAAGUCCGCGUUCCUUAUCGUGUAGUAGGGUUGGUGGUUGGUCCCAAAGGGGCCACAAUCAAAAGAAUUCAACAGAGUACUCACACAUACAUUGUAACUCCUAGCAGAGACAAGGAACCUGUCUUUGAAGUCACAGGAAUGCCUGAAAAUGUAGACCGAGCACGUGAAGAGAUAGAGGCUCACAUCACUAUGAGGACAGGUUCCGUAAUAGACAUCCAUCCAGAUAAUGACUUUCACUCCAAUGGCACAGAUGUCUGUAUGGACCUAUUUGGUAAUAGCUCUGCUGCUCUUUGGGCAAAGGUUAAUGCUCCUCGACGAGGAUCUGCAGCAUCACGCAAUGAGACUCUGGGCAGUACUUCUUCAGAGAGUUCAUGUUAUGGAACAGGCAGAGAGCAGGGACCAGCAAGCCCAUUUAGGCCAGUCCUGGGGGGAGGCUUCACACUAGGGGAACAGCACACUGUACCAGCUGCCAUAAGCACAGAAGAUUGUGAAUUUGGCUUUGAGUUUCUGUCUUUGGAUUUGAACACACCCACUGCUAUUUGGUCUCCAUUUGAAACAUCCAGUGGACAGGUGCAGAACUUCAGUGGUUGCUCAGCACAGAGGCGAAAUAGUGGUUUGAGUGUCAAUUCCACAUCUCGAAUUUCACCUACCCUCCCUGAACCAGCGGUUGGGCUAGAACAUCCAUUAGCACGCAGAAUUCACAGCGAUCCAAUUAAUGGUAUCUCUUGGCUGGCCACACAGGGCUCACUGUCCUCUUUCUCCAGCAGCACUGGCUAUUCCUCGUCUUCCUCUUUGCCAGGCAGCUCAUCUGUGGCCUCUGGAUCUCCCACAGACUCGAGCAGCUCUGAUGGCCAGCGCAAAAGUGGUCGAGACUGCGUUGUAUGCUAUGAGAGCGAAGUCAUCGCAGCGUUGGUGCCAUGUGGGCACAAUCUUUUUUGCAUGGAAUGUGCAAUCAGGAUUUGUGAGCGUGCCCUCCCAGAAUGUCCAGCCUGUCAUACCCCUGCUACACAAGCCAUCCGCAUUUUCUCCUAGCUGCAUAUAACUAGUAACACUAGCCCAAUGAAAAGUCCAACCAUAUAACCCUUUCUUGGGCUCAUAUUUUACCCAUUCAUGACUGUUAUAUAAACUCUAUUAAAUAAUACAUUAAGCAUUCGGGCUGCUGGAAGCAACCUGGGCAAGAAUAACGUGG